UUCGGCAUUUCUUCGCGUUUUAUGGGACAUAGAUUACCCUUUGUCCUGAGCCCCAAUUCCAAGUAUAGUUUUAUGGGGAGUAAAGAUGGGGAGCUCCCGGCACCGAAGCGGUACAAAAGAAGCACCGGAAGAGGUUGCGCCAGGCAAACCGAAACUGACUCCCUCUCCAGGCUUCCCUACUCUAGCUGUCUCUCCCCCCUCCCCGUCCCCUCCUCCCUGGAACAUUCAGAUGAGAAAGAACUUGGACUGGAGCCUAGACUUCAUGAUACUCCUGAAGACAUUUUCUUUGAGGCAGCAGUAAAUACCAUUGACUUUCACCCCUCCCGGGACAUCAUAGCUAUUGGAGAUGUUGACGGUGAUGUCUAUGUAUACUCAUACUCCUGUUUGGAGGGUGAAAACAAAGAACUUUGGUCCUCAGGUCAUCAUUUAAAAUCCUGCCGGAAAAUAUCCUUUUCGCAAGAUGGACAAAGGCUUUUCACAGUAUCCAAGGAUAAAUCUAUCCAUAUCCUGAAUGUGGAGGAAGGCCGUCUUGUGAUACGAUUCUCCAAGGCUCACAACUCAGCUUUGAACAGCCUAUUGGUGAUAGAUGAGCAUUUGUUUGCCACAGGAGAUGACAGUGGAGUGUUGAAAAUAUGGGACCUGCGCAAGGGCACAUCCAUCAUGGAAAUGAAGCAGCAUGAGGACUACAUCAGUGAUAUGAUCCUAGAUAGAAACAAGAAGCUGCUUCUCACAACCAGUGGAGAUGGAACAAUGGGAGUCUUCAAUAUUAGGAGAAGGCGCUUUCAGCUUCUCUCAGAACCUCAGAAUGGAGACUUAAUGGCUAUAUCUCUGAUGAAAAGGGGAAGGAAAGUAGCCUGUGGCUCCAGUGAGGGAACGAUUUACCUCUUCAACUGGGAUGGUUUUGGUGCCACCAGUGACCGUUUUGCACUGAAGGCAGAAUCCAUAGACUGCAUGGUUCCCAUAACUGAGAGCAUUGUGUGCACAGGUUCCACCGAUGGAAUCAUUAGGGCAGUAAAUAUCUUGCCCAAUCGAGUGAUAGGAAGUGUCGGGCAGCAUAUGGGUGAGCCUAUUGAACAGCUGGCUAAAUGUCAUAUGGGCCAAUACCUGGCCAGCUGUGGCCAUGACCAAAAAGUGAAAUUCUGGGACAUCUCUUCACUUAGUUCAGUGAUUGUGGAUGAUUAUAGAAAAAAGAAGAAAAAUAAGCAACUGAAGCCUUUAAGUCGCAAAGCAUUUGGCAAUGGGGAAGAUUUCUUUGCAGACUUGAAAGAGGUGGCAGCAGACUUGGAGAAAGAGGAGAAUGGUGGACUUUCUGAGACUGACAGCGACUGAAAGACUCACAUUGAUCUGAUUAGAGGCUCAUUCCCUCGAAAGGACAUUUUGGAAAAACUCAGCUAUGCUGUAUUUUUCAUAUUUCAGGAUAGUUAAACUUGUGCUCUGUGGGCAAAGCCUUGGUAGCCUAAUAGAACUAAUAGUACAGAAGAGAGCUAAGAUUGCAAGAAUUUUCCUAGCUCAGAGAGAAAUGGGAGAACAUGGUUGCCACUGAAAGGGGAAAGGAAAUGUUAUCAUAUGUGGACAGUUAGAAUAUUAAGAAAGAUUUUUUUAUGUAUCAGUAGAGUUCCUUGCAAACUUCUGUUUCCUCCAUGGAGUGAUUCUUUUUUUUUGCCACCUGAAAUAUUUAGGAAUCAGGCUAUUGCUCCACCUAACAAGUGGAUUCCAUUUCAUUGCUAUGGUAAUGAAACAGGGAUAUCACUUAAACUCAGAAGAAAAGAGAUUUAAAUAAUGGAUUAAAGUUCAUAAUGGAACUUGGGAAGUUUCUAAAUUAUUGUUUUUCUGGGGUUUUAUUUAAAGAAUAAAAAUAGGAUAUGAAGAUGCAUCAAUUUAAUAUAUUUGUGAACUACCUCAAGUGGAUUAUAGUCAACAGCCUGUUUGGUCUAGUGGUUAAGGCACCAGGUUAAAAACCAGGAGACUGUGAGUUCUAGUCUCAUUUUAGGCAUGAAAGUCAAAGACUUCGGGCUGAUCGCUCACUCACAGUUCAACACACAUCACAGAGGAGUUGUGGGGAAAAAGGAGGGAGUAUUGUAUGUGUUCUCUGCCUUAUGUUAUGUAUUAUAAAAAUAAUACAGGUGAGAUAUAAAUAAAAAAACCCAGUUAAAUACAUUUAAGCCCUGUAAAAUAAGACUUAAUUUAAAAAGAAGAAAUAAAACAAACGUUGAAAUGCUAGCCUUUCUUACAGGAUUUAUGCAGAUGAUGCAUUGGUGAAGGAUGAGAUAGAAUAUAGAAUAAUAGGGUUGAAUGGACCUUGGAUAUCUUCUAGUCCACCCCCCUGCCCAUUGCAAGAGAUUCUAUAAUCUAUAUCAUUCUGGACUUUCUUUGUUUGAUGGAAUGGGUAUAAUGUAUUUUAUUGUUUGGCUGUUCACCGCCCUGAGUCCUUCGGGAGUAGGGCGGUAUACAAAUCAAAUAAACUAAACUAAACUAAACUAAUGUGAUCAUAGAAAGAAUAACAGAAUAACAAAACAGAAUAAUAGAGUUGGAAGGGGCCCCAGAGAACCUCCAGUAGAACCCCCCCCCAAAAAAGCAGGAGAUGGUCCACUGUUCCCUCCCAUGAAUUGGCACCCCAUCAAUUCCAGUAGAGAAUAGUUGAAGAUACCAUAAGAGACCUUCUGGUUAUGUAGUUAUUUGCUUGUCCUUUUUUUCCUUGGUUUGUGUUUAUGGGUACCUUUUCAGAGCAUUUCAUAUCUAGAGAUCUUGUGCUCACAUUUCAACAUUUUAUUUCAGCUGAAAAUGCUGCCACUGAAAUCUCACCAUUUCACUGUAAAUUUUUAAGUAUGGUAUUUUGAGUUUUGCAAUAGAAGACUAGGGAGCUUAGAGCUGCCAACCACUAUUCCAGAGGAAGUAAGUACAGGAUAAACCUUGGUUUUGUUUAAGGUACAUAUAUUAUUAACCCUGAAGUUGGCCGAACUAUGGCCAUUUUCUUUUAGUAGCUUUUCUCUAGGGAGGUUUCUCACUGCUUCAGAGCUGACACAGCCUGAGCAAAGGGGCCAGGGAGGGUGUGUGUGUAGAGAUAGCUGGGGUGUUGUAGCCUAAAUAAAAUUCUUUCCCCUGGGAAUCAAGGACAUUGGUGCAGAUGCUCGAAAGGUGGAGACAGGUCACCUAGCUAGUAACUGAACUACAUGCUGAUUGGACCAUGUGACUGAAAACUUUAAUUGGGUGUAAAACUGGUGGGAAUUUAGAGCCAGUUUUCCACCAAGAAUGUGCCAAUUUGGUAUGCCCCAAUAAAAUGUUCUUUGAGGAA